AUGAGUCGUUACAAGCAGUUCGACGAUGAGCUAAGUACAGCGGAUGUGCCUGAAGCAGCAGUUUUACCCGAGCUUGACGUUGAUGAACCAAAUCAAUUAGAAUUCAAACCUCAACUUCGUAAUUACGAAUCCAAUGGUGUGUCUUCAACGAAGAAACUCAAUAUGGAUUAUUUGAAAAUUUAUCUCUUCAGACGGUCGCGUUUAGAACGUUUUCUGAUGAUUACGACAAUUCUUCUUCUAUUUAUAUUAUUCAUGAGUUUUGUAUCAGUUCACAAUCGUCAGCAAGGGAAGAAAGCAGAGCGAUCUGAACAAAUGUGUUUAGCACCCGCUUGUAUUCAAGUUUCUUCGGCGAUCUAUUCAGGAAUGAACGAAUCUGUCGAACCAUGCGAUGAUUUUCAUGAAUUCGUAUGCGGCCAGUGGAUUAAAAGAAAUCUUAUUCCGAAAGGUCAUUCAAGUUGGUCGACAACGAAAGAACUUAGCCGGAAAAAUCUUAUUCUACUGAAAGGUAUUCUCGAACAACAGGUCACAAGUGAUGGAGCCCAAAGAGAUUUCAAUGCUGAGUAUGAAGCAGUGAAAUUCUAUCGAUCCUGCAUGAAUGUAGAUGAUAUUGAACAACAAGGAGUUCAACCAUUGGAAAAAUUUUUGCAAGAGAAUUUCAAUUUCACAUUGAACCAAUGGAUUCAUAUCGAUCAAAAUCGAACAUGGGAAGAACAAUUUGCUUUAUUAACUAAGAUUCUUCUGUCGAAAUAUGGAUUUUCAUAUCUCUUAACCAUCGCAAUCGGACCCGAUGAUAAGAAUUCAUCAUGGAAUGUGCUUCAUGUCAACCAACCUCAACUCGGUCUUGAUAGUCGUGAUUAUUAUAUCAAUUCAUCGACGAAUAAUCGCAGUGAUCCUGAGACUGAUGCUCGAAAUAAAAUUAUUCGGGAUACAUAUAUCAAAGUCGCUGCUGAUGUUUUACAAUAUAUUGGUUUCGAUAAGAAUCAAUCUGAAAAGCGUAUCAACGAUAUUGUUGCUUUUGAAACUGAACUUGCUAUUGUCAGUUUACCGAUGGAAGUCUUACAGAAACCGAAUGAAACAUAUUUUCUAAUGAGCUUAAAGCAACUUCAAGAUUUGUAUCAACCAUUGAAAGUGGAUAUUUAUUCUCUUCUCAAUGAUAUGUUAAGCAUCAAUGCAUCAAAUCCAAUAAAACUCAACGAAAACGAGCAAGUCAUUGUCCUUUCAAUCGAUAUGAUGCUUAAAGUUUCAAAGAUAUUGCAAGCUUACUUAUUAAAUCCACAGAAAAGUCAUAUAGUUAUCGAUCAUAUAUUAUUUUCACUAAUUUUCGAUCUCAGUUCGCAUUUAUCGACCACCUUUGAAAAAUUAUCAUUUCCACUGUUGAAAGAACUCUAUGGAAUGGAAUCCCUACCUGAGCGAUGGGAACAGUGCAUCAAAGAAACCGAUGGAGCAUUUGGUUAUGGUCUCGGUGCUCUGUAUACGAAAGCGGUUUUUGGUGAGAAAGAUCGUCAACAAGCGUAUGAAUUGAUUUCAAAUAUUCGUGAAAUGUUUGAUACAAAUCUUGAUCAGAUGGCUUGGAUUGAUGAACAAUCGAAAAGUGAAGCAAAGAAAAAAUUGAAGAAAAUGACGGAAAAAAUUGGAUACCCCGAUUUCAUUAAUAAUAGAACAAAACUAAACGAACGAUACAUGGGUCACUCAAUGAUUGAAAAUGAGUAUUUCAACAAUGGAAUCAAAGUUUCACAGCGCGAACGUCGACGAUCAAUUUUAAAAUUUCGUCAAAAAGUCGAUCUCACCGACUGGAGUAUGACACCACGAACUGUAAAUGCUUACUAUACAUCAUCAGCCAAUGAGAUCGUUUUUCCGGCCGGAAUUCUUCAACCACCAUUUUUUCAUAAGGAUAUUCCAAUCUCCAUGAAUUAUGGUGCAAUUGGCACAGUUAUCGGUCAUGAGAUCACACAUGGUUUCGACGACCAAGGUCGAGAAUAUGACGCGGAUGGAAAUAUGCGUUCAUGGUGGACUAAAUUAGCGUUGGACAACUUCGAAGAACGAACCAAAUGUUUCGUUGAACAAUAUUCAGGCUAUGCAUUGGAUGGACAGGCCGAAAAUGGGCAAAGAACAUUAAGUGAAAACAUCGCAGAUAACGGUGGCUUAAAAUUAUCUUAUCUCGCUUACCAAAAGCAUAAACAACGUCGAUUAAAUAACGGCAAUAAUCUUCGUUUACCCGGCCUAUCUUACAACAAUGAUCAGCUAUUCUUUAUUGCAUUUGCUCACAGUUGGUGCAGUUUGGAAACACCCAAUGCUAUCCAUUAUGAUCUAAUCAAUGAUCCACACUCGCCUGCACGUAUUCGUAUCAUUGGUACAAUUUCAAAUAGUGUCGAAUUUGCUCAAGCAUUUUCAUGUCUACCAAAAUCACGGAUGAAUCCGAGUAAAAAAUGCCAUUUAUGUUUAAUUGCUUUCAUGUUGUUGAACAAAUUAAGUGUUUCUCUCUGUCGCAUUUUAAAUGUUUUUUGUACAAAUUUUAAUUUCACUUCUAUUAAUUCAUGUAAAUAUAUCUCUACACAAUACUUUUACGCGAUUUACUCUCAAACAAAGAGUCAAAAAUAUAAAAUGAUAAUGCAUGAUAAGAGAAAUACAAAACAAACAUGCUUUAAUGCUUUACAAAGUCUCUAUAGAACAUGUCUUGAAUGUAGACUUUAA